AUGCCUCCCGUUGUGAUCCAGGUUGGUUCUCGCAUUUUCAAGUUUGGACUCGCCGGCGAGUCCAUGCCUAUGACCACACAAGAGACUAGUGAAUUUUCCCACAAACGACAUCUAGACGUUCUUCCCAACGAGUACUCUUCAGAGGAAAACAGAGCCAUAUCAAACCUUGAAUACCUAUUCCACCCCAAUAUUCUGGAUUUCAGGCCAGGAAAUGAUUUACACUCCUUUGAAUACACAAUGAAUCUCCAUAUAUUCGAUAUUCUUCAUUACAUGUUUAAAAAAAACCGAAUCAAUGCGGUCAAUGCGAACGUGGUCCUCGUGGCCAACAGCAUGCUUAACAAAAAGUACAGAGACAUCCUGCGGUACCAACUGCUCGAAAAGUUGCAUGCAAAAAGCACUGUGUUUCUUGAAGAGCCAUUGAUGGCCACGCUAGCCGCAGGGACAAGAUCGGCGCUUGUGGUAGAUCUAGACUGGCAUUUUGUGCUGAUAGAGCCCGUGUACGAUCUCCGGGUACUAAGGAACCACUUCAAGUGGUCCAAAAGGGGAGCAAAAUGGCUGAGCUUAAACAAUGCCGACGUGGAUCUGCUAUUUGACACUAAUGACGACAUUUAUGAAAACGAUGAGAAAACACCAUUGCAGCUGCUGGUCGAGUUGUACCACGAGUUACCAAUCGACUUGCGCAAACCGCUUUACGAAACCAUCAUCUUUGCCGGCGAGCUGGCCAAAAACCAGCAGCUGAUCCAAACCAUUUUGCAGGGUUUGAAGGCAGAAAACAUCCAUGCCUCGUCGGUGGUCUCCUUGGGCGCAUGGGCAGGCGCCAGCAUAUACACAGACACUGUGCUUUCAAAGGACGGCAAUUGGAACUCGAUGGGCAGAAUCAAACGGGAAAACUAUAUUACACAUUGAACUUAUCACUCAUCGCCACUUUUCGCAACAAACGCAUGCAAUUUCUUAUUUCUUAUGGAGUCGGACUUGGCAAUGAACGGGUUGAUGUUGGCACUCAGAGGCAUCAUGUCAAAAUUGAACUCUUCCUUGUCGUCAGUAUCGUUUACAAACUCGCCAGAAAGAUCGUAAUACCGCUCCCAUGGAUACCUUUCCAAGUACUCCUUGGCGCUCAUCUCUCCCAGAUGCCACACACGAUACAGGAAGCGACGAAACUGCUCUUUGAGAGGCACGCUAGCUGGCUCGAUAUCAAGGUUGUCCAUCUCAUGGUUUAGAAUAGUCAUCAAUAGCGACUCGUUGGUUGGGCAGUUUGGAUUGUAUUCCAUGGUAUUGUAGAAAGGACAUGCAUAGGAGACUGGCAAGGGAGCAAUGUUCUGCAACAUCAACGGAGUGUUGUUUGGAGCCAAAGGCUCUCCGUGGGACUUGAAGGCCACUUUGGUAUAUCGAGUGGCCUGUGUAGAGUUUGAGGCGACGGAUUCUACAGACUCCUCCGACGUUUUUCUAAGCUGUCCUGCCUUUUUAUAGUCGUCGUGCAUCAGGUUUGGGACAUUUGGCGAGACCAGAUUUAGCUCCCAGUUUGGAACACUUGACGUGGCUUCUGUGACCGGUUGAGCGCCAGACGGCAUGAUACUCGGCGAGUAGUCGUUCAUGCGCGACUCCAGUUCGUCUUCCUCCUCAUCGUCUUCCUCCUCAUCUUCCUCCUCCUCAUCUUCCUCCUCCUCAUCCUCCUCCUCAUCAUCAUCCUCUUCCUCAUCGUCCUGCUCGCCGUCGUCUUCACUGUGGUCGGCAGGAUCCGUCUCGGGAGCCUCUGCAGCUCUUACGGACCGAGCACUGUACUGAAAUGAGCCAGAAAUACCGCUCAGAAUGGGAUCUCCCGUCUUGACAGGCAGCUCCUUCGACAGGAGCCCACUUUUCUGCUCGUCUUCGCUGUCGCUAAAGUCACCGUUGCUGUCCCCCAAGACAUACGACGACGAUGUCUCUAUUGUAUCGUCUUUGCUGUUGACCAUGCGAUUGGGGUCUCUCUGCGACAUAAUAAGCUGUGCAGCACUGCUCUUGUAGCCAUACCGCUCUGUUCUCUUUGACUUGAGGGUCUUGAACGCCUCGAACUUCUGCUCGUAAACGGAAAGCCGAGAGUUAGCUGCCAUUGGCUUCGGCCGUGCUGUCAGAUCUGUGUUCUCGUUCUCCAUAUCUUGAAAUAAAGAAAAUGUGCAGUCCUUCAAUCUAUAUAUUUA